CAAAUAAACCGUAGGGGUUAAUAUUCCGUAGACCGUAGUUGAGGAGGCCUAACGGAGUGAGUGCUACAGUAGCGGUCUUUCUAUAGGCUAAACUCUUCGAACUUUUUUCCGGUUUAGUUGUCAAACCCUUGUUUUUUAGCCUGCAGAUUCUCCUCUCUUCAGCGCACGGUUCAGUUUAGGAGAAAGCGUUGCUUUCUGAAAUGGCUGCAAUCGCAGGACGUGCUGGAUCAACGGGCUUGUCAUUCCUCCACAAAACCCUCACUUCGGCCGAAAGAUCUAACCUUCGUCGAUCCUUUGUCUGCCCUACUCUUUCCAAUCACGAGCUAUUGAGAAAUUAUGCAACCGCCCCUGCUUCGAAAGAACAAAAAGUUAAGGUGCCCUUGACAAUGUAUGGGGUUUCUGGAAACUAUGCCUCUGCUUUGUACCUUGCAGCAGUGAAGUCAAACACGCUAGACAAAGUUGAGUCAGAACUCUCUGACCUUUCUGCGGCUGCGAAGAAAAGUCCUACAUUUUCUCAGUUCAUGAAGGAUCCGUCUGUGCCUUCUGAAACUAGAGUGACUGCCAUUAAGGAAAUUUGUGCUCUGGCUAAAUUUGGAGAUGUCACAAGGAACUUCUUGUUUGUUUUGUCUGAAAACGGGAGGCUGAAAGAGCUUGACCGCAUCGUGAAACGAUUCAAAGAGUUAACCAUGGCACACAGGGGAGAAAUUAAAGCCAUUGUGACUUCUGUAAUUCCCCUUCCUCCAGAAGAGGAGAAAGAAUUGAAGGCCACACUGCAGGAGAUGGUUGGGCAUGGGAAGUCUGUCCAAAUUGAACAGAAGAUUGAUCCAAGCAUCCUUGGUGGCCUUGUACUGGAAUUUGGGCAGAAAGUCUUUGAUAUGUCGAUAAAGACUCGGGCCCGCCAGAUGGAGAGAUUCCUUCGUGAACCACUCAACUUUUGAAGAGAAGAAAGCUGUAUUUCACUCUUGAGUCCUUAAUAUGCAUAUUUUCUUGUUUGUGAUAAGAUUAUUCCUGUUGUGUUUUUUUUGCAAAUAAAAAAUCUUCGUUUUUUGUGAGAUUUGCUUGGGAUAAAGAAAACCCCUAAUUAUCCUGUGAUGUUUUUACCUGAUUCACAUCCUUGAAGUCUUGAACCAGCAUAAACUAUCAUAUUUCCCUAAUAGAUGUUCUUAUGUUAAGUUCCAACAUGCUUAUCUUUAGUAACAUUUGUAUAGUUAAUACUAGUAUUUUUUAAAUUGGAUACGAGGAUCAGACAACUUCCUCAUUG